AUGUCAGCCGUUAUUCUUCACCCGACAGACUGGCUUGCCGAGCUCCGAAGCCACAUUGCGCCUUUGCAUGAGGUACCGAACUCGGACCACGAUCCCUUCUACAGCGGCUGGCCUAUGAACUAUUACGAAGGCUUGGCCCAGAUCCGCAAAGUCGUACUCGGUAAUGCCGUCGAGUCGUUCUGGUACGCUUUGAUCAACGUAGUGCUCACGCAUCUCUUCCCUUCUGAUUCCGGAUUUCUCGUAUUGCCUCAACCGGUACCCGCGAGGGAUCACCGCGAGGCUACCGACUCCAUGAUAUUCUGGAUUCGCAUGGUGGCCUCCUCCCCCAAGCGUGAAGGCCGCGGCUAUGUCAUUGUCGUCUGGGAGGCGAAACCUGAGUGGGCUUACGGCUCCUUCUCGGGGGAGAUGGAGGCGGACAAUCAGAUGCGCACCCGACUACUCGAUGUCUCCAGGACUUGGGACCAGGAGGCUCCGCUGAUCAUCGGCAUUUCCUCCUUUGGCCCGCGCUUCCACGUCUACACCAAGUUUCGAGGAAAACAUAUUCAGCCACCCCGUAGGUCCAAUGACGCCAUGUACGAGAGCGAGGACGUUUGGCCUGGCAGCCAUCAUCAGUUUAUCAUCCAUCGAGAGAGCGGACACAAAGCUUUGGAGCUGGUGAGGGACAUCUGUUUGGAGAUCCUCCAGCAUGAGAUGGGUCCAGUGGUGUUGGAGCAUGUCCACGCGCUCAUUCAAAGUUUGAAAGCUUCAGAGGGAGAUGAACGUGAGCGGACGUGA